AGUAUGGAUACAAAAUCCAUUCUAGAAGAACUUCUUCUCAAAAGGUCACAGCAAAAGAAAAAAAUGUCACCAAAUAAUUACAAAGAGCGGCUUUUUGUUUUGACAAAAACAAACCUCUCCUACUAUGAGUAUGACAAAAUGAAAAGAGGCAGCAGAAAAGGAUCAAUCGACAUUAAUAAAAUCAGAUGUGUGGAGAAAGUCAAUCUCGAGGAGCAGACCCCUGUGGAGAGACAGUACCCAUUUCAGAUCGUUUAUAAAGAUGGGCUUCUCUACGUGUAUGCGUCAAAUGAAGAGAGCCGAAGUCAGUGGUUGAAAGCAUUGCAAAAAGAGAUAAGGGGCAACCCCCACCUGCUGAUCAAGUACCACAGUGGGUUCUUCGUGGACGGGAAGUUCCUGUGCUGUCAGCAGAGUUGCAAAGCAGCCCCAGGAUGUACUCUCUGGGAAGCAUAUGCUGAUCUGCACGUUGCAACAAAGGAAGAGAAACACAGAGCCCCCACCUUCCCAGACAGAGUGCUGAAGAUUCCUCGAGCAGUUCCUGUUUUCAAAAUGAAUGAACCAUCUUCAAGUACCACUGUAGCCCAUGACAGUGACUCAAAGAAAAACUAUAGCUCACAGCCGAAUGUCAAUAUGCGGUACACUCCAAGAGAAGACUGCCCUGACUGGUGGCAAGUAAGAAAAUUGAAAAGCGGUGAAGAUUUUGCCUGCAGUAACCAAAGAGAAACAAAUGUGAAUCACAGCACAUCAAAGAUGUCAUGGGGAUUCCCCGAGUCGAGUUCAUCUGAAGAAGAGGAAAACCUGGAUGACUAUGACUGGUUUGCGGGUAACAUCUCCAGGUCACAGUCUGAGCAAUUACUGAGACAAAAGGGAAAAGAAGGAGCAUUUAUGGUUAGAAAUUCUAGCCAAGUGGGAAUGUACACAGUGUCCUUAUUUAGUAAGGCUGUGAAUGAUAAGAAAGGAACUAUCAAACAUUACCACGUGCAUACAAAUGCUGAGAACAAAUUGUACCUGGCAGAAAACUACUGUUUUGAUGACAUUCCAAAGCUUAUUCACUAUCAUCAACACAAUUCAGCAGGCAUGAUCACACGACUCCGCCACCCUGUGUCAACCAAGGCCAACAAGGUUCCCAUCUCCGUGUCCUUGGGAAGUGGAAUCUGGGAACUGAAAAGAGAAGAGAUUACGCUGUUGAAGGAGCUGGGAAGUGGCCAGUUUGGAGUGGUCCAUCUGGGCAAGUGGAAGGGGCAGUAUGAUGUUGCCAUUAAGAUGAUCAAGGAGGGCUCCAUGUCAGAAGAUGAAUUUUUCCAGGAGGCCCAGACCAUGAUGAAACUCAACCAUCCCAAGCUGGUGAAAUUCUAUGGAGUGUGCUCAAAGAGAUACCCUAUAUACAUAGUGACUGAAUAUAUAACCAAUGGCUGCUUGCUUAAUUACCUGAAGAGUCAUGGAAGAGGUCUUGAACCCUCCCAGCUCUUGGAAAUGUGCUAUGAUGUUUGCGAAGGCAUGGCCUUUUUGGAGAGCCACCAGUUCAUACAUCGGGACUUGGCUGCUCGGAACUGCUUGGUAGACAGUGAUCUCUCUGUGAAAGUAUCUGACUUUGGAAUGACAAGGUAUGUUCUUGAUGAUCAGUAUGUCAGUUCAGUAGGAACAAAGUUUCCGGUCAAGUGGUCAGCCCCAGAAGUGUUUCACUACUUCAAAUACAGCAGCAAGUCAGACAUAUGGGCGUUCGGGAUCCUGAUGUGGGAAGUGUUCAGCCUGGGGAAGCAGCCCUAUGACUUGUACGAUAACUCCCAGGUGGUCGUGAAGGUCUCCCAGGGCCACAGGCUCUACCGGCCCCAACUGGCGUCGGACACGGUCUACCAGAUCAUGUACAGCUGCUGGCAUGAGCUUCCAGAAAAGCGUCCCACGUUUCAGCAACUCUUAUCUUCUAUUGAACCACUUCGGGAAAAAGACAAGCCUUGA